GCCUUGCGCUUCUCCGAUGGACCCUCUGCGCGUCGCCUAGUCAGCAAUGGGAUGAACAUUUCCUCCGCUGUUCCUUCGGCCGUCUACUCUUGUGCGUGACGUGAAGCUUUACCGCUGAUGCCGGCAUGAUUCCACGGUUACACACACAUCAAAAACACAAACCAUGUCUGCCGCGCUGAAGAACCAGAGCAAGGUGCCGUCAGAGCUCGUCGACGCGCCCGAGCAGAGCAAGUCGCCCAAGAACUAUCGGGGGUUCGUGGGGGGCGUCUUCUCGGGCAUUGCGAAGCUGUCAGUGGGGCAUCCGUUCGACACUAUCAAAGUGCGAAUGCAAACAACCGACAAGUCGCAUUUUCGAGGACCGGUGGACUGCUUGAUGCAGACGAUCAGAAACGAGGGCGUCAAGGGAUUAUACAAGGGCGCAACACCGCCGCUGAUCGGGUGGAUGUUCAUGGACUCGCUUAUGCUGGGCUCCCUGAACGUCUACCGAAGAGUCUUGAACGACAACAUAUUCCAUCCCGCAAGAUACCCAGGCGAGCAGCAGAAGAAGCUUCCGGUAGUUGGGCAUGCAAUGGCCGGAGUAAUGGCUGGCUGGACUGUGUCCUUCAUCGCGGGGCCGGUAGAGCACAUAAAGGCGCGUCUUCAAGUGCAGUAUGCGGCGGAAAAAAGCAAGAGACAAUACAGCGGGCCCAUCGACUGCCUGAAGAAGACCUUCAACGGUCACGGCAUCCGUGGUGUAUGGCACGGCCUCAGCGCUACCCUCCUCUUUCGUACAUUCUUCUGCUUCUGGUGGGGCUCCUACGAAGUGUUCACACAGGCACUGAAUACAAAUACGAAUCUCUCCGCCCCGGCAGUCAACUUCUGGGCCGGCGGUAUGUCCGCACAGAUAUUCUGGCUCACCUCGUACCCGAGCGAUGUGAUCAAGCAGCGAGUCAUGACCGACCCUCUUGGUCCCGAGCGCAAAUUCCCGAGAUGGCGAGACGCGGCGAAGGCGGUGUACAGAGAGCAAGGUUGGAAGGGAUACUGGAGAGGCUUCGUGCCAUGCUUCUUGCGAGCGUUCCCGGCGAAUGCGAUGGCGCUGGUCGCUUUCGAGUCGGUCAUGCGCGCAUUACCGGAGUAGAAGGAGGAUACGAAGCAUCAUGCAAGUUGCGAUGUUCCAUUUUGGCAUAGCGGACUGCGAGUUACAAUACCCCACUUAUCGACUGUUACAUCAAAAGGUCCUCAUACGACCGUUAUCGUCCGUC